AUGACGCUUCUGCACCCUUUUUUCCAACUUGUGAAGUUGCGGAAACUUGGACUUAGUGAUAAUGAAAUCCAGCGGCUCCCUCCAGAAAUAGCGAAUUUCAUGCAGCUGGUGGAACUGGAUUUGUCUCGAAAUGGCUGUACCCCUCUGACCACAGGGGCUGGUUCUGCUGACAACAGCAUCAGCAGCAGUGUGAGCCCAGGGGAAUCCCUGAUCCGAUCCCACAAGGACAUUACCAGCAGCAGGGAAACUAGCAGAGUGUGGAAGGAACAUACUGUCUUGUACACACUGAGUGAAGGAGAGCAGCUUCAGAAGAGGCUAUGUGAGGGGCGGAGCGCGGUGCGGAGCAGCGUGCGGGCGCUGAAGUCGCGUCUGAGCCGCGCGGAGGACCCUGCGGAGAUUCUAAGAGUACUUGAGCUACUACAGGAUUUGGAUAUAUCGCUGGAUAUUCUCACAGAAACUGGCAUAGGCAAAACAGUUAACAGUUUUAGGAAACAUGCCACUGCUGGAAAUGUAGCUAAAUCCCUGGUAAAGAAAUGGAAAAAGCUCAUUCCUCCAGAAGACAAAAGUGGUCACAGAGAAAGAAAACAAAACAUCGAAAAAGAUGAGAUAAAAUCUUCAGUUUCCAAGGAAGGGAAGCCUUCAGAGAAGUCCAAAACAUCUGUACCAGCCUCCCAAAGUUCCAAUAGCUCGUCCGUAUCUAGAAAGCUGAACAAGCAGCGUAACUGUAUUGAAAAAAAGCACCAAAAUAGAGACCCUGACUCUCAAAAAGACCGUGAUAACAGAAGAACAUGUCAUGGCAGAGGUUCUAAACAUACUUCCCUGGAGACAAGUCCUCAAGGUAAAGAAAGCGACUGUAAAAAGAGAGCCUCCGAGGACAACAAGAAAGCUCCAGAAAAGCAGCGUUCCUGUAGAGCUGGUAAAGACUCCUUCCCAAAGAAGGAGAAGCCUAAGCAUGCUUCCAAACAGAGAGAUCCUAAGAUUGUGACAAAAUUGAAAGAAAAACUUGCUGUGAGAAGCAAAGGCGAAUUAUCUGGUGAUGAGGAAUUUGAGCCCCCUACUAUGUCUUUUGAAUCUUACCUGAAUUACGAUCAGGUUACAAAAAAGAGAAAGAGGAAAGCUUGUUCUACAAGUGAACGUCCAGAGAAGUGCAGUGAACAGAAGAGCAGCUCAUUACCACAAAAGACUGCAACGUUUUCUCGUGCAAAUGAGGGAGGAAAAAAAGUACAAAACGCUGAAGAUGAUCAAUCAGGAACUCCCAGCAAAAAGGCCAAGGUGGCAUCCCUCCAAGAUCUUCUUAAUACUCCACUGCCUAAAUUUCUGCCAGGCAUCUUAAUCUCCUCUCCCCCAUAUGCUGCUGACUUUAAAGAGCCUGUUGUGGAAGCACACCAGCAAGUCGGUGAGAUAGUUCAAUUCACAGGACGGAGACUGAACUCCAAGAUGCAAGUCUACUCCGGCUCUAAACCAGUCUGUCUUUCAAAGAUGCUUACACUGUACGAGCUGUGCAUCCGUGUGCUUCAAAAUAAUAUUGAUUUGCUGCAUGAAGUAGGAGGUGUUCCCUUUGAGAUCCUCGAGCCUGUGCUAACACGCUGCACACCAGAGCAGUUGUUUCGAGUAGAGGAAUGUAAUCCGACGUUUACAGAAGAGUCUGACCAUCUGUGGAAGAAACACUGCCAGAGGGAUUUUAAAAAUGAGAGCCUCCUGGAAUAUGAAUGUUGGCGGGAAAUGUACUUGAGACUCUUCAAUGAGAGAGAAGAAAAGCUGAAGAUGCUUACAAAAAACAUUCUUUCAGCUCAGUCUGAGAAACCAAAAGGCCGGCAAGUAAAGAUGGCUUAUGUGACCAGUGCAGCAAAGCCACCCAGAAGCAUUCGCCGACAACAGGGAAUCCAUGGAACAGCAGGAUCUGUCACCCAACUCCACCUCACAGAUAAGUGGAAAAAAAGGUCUCCAGAAAGCAGAGAUGGAAACAAUAAUUCAUCAAAUCUGAACUCUACUGGCAGCAGUGGAAGCUCUAGCUCAAAUGGAAUGACUCAAGAUGGAAAGAAGCCUAUUAAAAAAAUUGCACCAAUCAUGAAGAAAACUUUAAAGGCAUUGAAAUGUAGAGCUGCACGGCGAUAAAAUGAGGAUGUGUAUGGAAAGCUUAUGGGAAUGUUUGUAUAUUGUGCUACAGUUAAUGGAAGUAAAAAUAAUGUUAACUUCCCAAUUUACCUUUGAAAAAAUAGUUGUAUGCUGCAGGAGCAAAUGAUUUGCAAUAAAAAAGAAGCUGUGGACUCCUUUCAUAUUGCCACUUCCUUAUUCAUGAAUGAGGAAGACUGAACUGAAAUAAGGUCAGUGUUUGGUAACAAAUCAGUUCAUAUGGACUUCUAUAGGUUUUUAUCUGUUUUGUAUAAAUCUGAAUAAGCUCUUGAUGGAAGCACUCAAGCCAUGGAUAUAUUUUGCCAAGGUUAGUUAGCACAAGCAUUUGAGAAAGGGAAACUUAAUAUAUUUCAUUACUUAGGACAGAAAAUUGUGUUUUGUUUUUUUUUUUUUUUCCAGUGAGCUUUAAAGGAGAGGUAGA